AAACAAUGCAUUUCGUGAAAAAAGUGCCAACAACCGAAGAGGAGAAAGCCGCCAAACAAAAAGAGCACACGAAACGCUCUCAACAAUUUCUUCAUGUUCGGGACAAAAUCGUCGCAAAACGUGAAAAGGGAGAAUAUGACGACGAGAUUUUGUCGUUGACUCAAGCGAUUUUAGAGAAAAAUGCGGAUAUUUACACGUUCUGGAAUAUUCGAAGAACGACGAUCGAGCUGAGAAUGGAGGCGAACGAAAAAGUUCAGCAGAGCGCGGAUGCUGAGGAGGAGGAGAAGACGAAAAGCUCGCAGAAGAUUGAGAAUUUGCUCGCUGGGGAGCUCUUUUUGUCUUAUGAGUGUAUUAAGUCGAACCCGAAAUCCUACUCGGCAUGGUAUCAACGUGCGUGGGCCCUGCAACGACAAUCGGCACCGGAUUUCAAAAAAGAGCUGGCUCUUUGUGAGAAGGCUCUUCAACUCGAUUGCCGAAAUUUCCACUGCUGGGACCACCGCCGCAUCGUCGCCAGAAUGGCCAAGCGAAGUGAAGCCGAAGAGCUGGAAUUCUCGAAUAAACUGAUUAAUGACAAUUUUUCGAAUUACAGUGCCUGGCAUUAUAGAUCAAUCGCCCUGAAAAACAUCCACCGUGACGAGAAGACCGGCGCGCCGAAAAUUGACGAUGAGCUGAUUGCCAGCGAGCUUCAGAAAGUGAAAAACGCGUUCUUUAUGGACGCCGAGGACCAAAGUGCAUGGACCUAUACGAGAUGGCUGUUGGAAGUUGGAAGUGGAAAGGAAUUUCUCCGCCCGGAAUCCCACACCCCAAUCGAGCUGAUUUCCGCGUCGUUCCAUGGAAAUAAUACGACACUUGUGUUCUCGCGAGCCGUCACCAUUCAAUUCUUGCUCACUUUUGUCGAUACCGAGAAUACUACCGGUUGGAGAGCGUUCUCAUCAACGUCGCCGAAUCCCACAUCAAGCCGAGUUUGGCAGUAUCUUUCGGAUACUCCACUUCGAGUUGUUACCUCGAAUCCCACUGAUUUGGAAAAUAUAAGUUGGACAGAGCUCAAUGAGCAACCAUAUGUGAAUUUGGAUCGUCUUAAGACCAUAUAUGAUGUUGUGGAAGUCCCACAGCCAGCUUAUAUUGGAGAACUUCUUGAGGAUUGCAAGCAGCUUAUAGAGUUGGAGCCCAAGAAUAAGUGGCCACUCUACAUGCGAACACUCGUGCUCCUCGAAUACCAACCAAUUAAAUCUUACGAAGAAAUCAUCAAAAAUCUCGAAAAUCUGUCAGAAAACCUGGAUCCCAAGCGCUCGGAGCUCUACAAAUCGCUAAUUUCCCGCCAAAAUUUGAACUUUUCGAUUCGCGAACAAUUCGAGAGAAUUUUGGGCCCCGACACCGAUUGGCUGACUUGUAGAUAUUCCAAGCUGACUAGUUUGGAAGGAGUUGAGUACUUGGCCGGAUUUGUUGGAUCUGCGGAUUUUUCUGGAAAUCGGCUGAAGGAAAUUCAGAGAAUUGUGCUCCCGAAUUUGAAAAGUCUCACGAUUAAUGAGAAUCCGAUUGAGAGCCUCCCACCGAGCCCAUGCCUAUCCCAUCUGACAUUCUUCUCAAUUGCCGGCACUCAAAUCGCCUCUGUCUCCGCCGUGAUGCCCUUCUUCCAGACAAUUCCCUCUCUGGAUCGUCUUGUCUUCUGUGAAACUCCGCUCGUUGAAAAAACCGAAGAACUUCGUGCUCAGCUCCCUGGAGUUCGUCUCAUUCCGCACUGGUUGUGAAGACAUUUUUCGGAAUUUUUUUCACCUUUUUUUUUGUGAUAUUUCUUAAUUAUUACCUGUUCUUCUUAUGUAUUGUUGUGGACGGAACGUAAACCUGAACUUUAUACAGACGUGACCUUUGGGUCAUCAUGAACUUAUCGCGUAAGCGACCUCUCUUUAUAAUUCAUUUACUUCUUACACUUCUUGUAAUAAACUACUUCUCUCCU